AGCCAAGUUGUUGAGGGAAAAGUUCGUCUCUCCAGAAGUUUUCCUGCUGUGGCCAUACAUUCACUCAAAUUGACCAAAAUCACAGCUGAGCUCUGAAUCAACAAACCUGAACCCAAGAGUUGAGCAGCAAACGCGCAAACUUUUGGUGAUCGCACAUUUGCAGAAAGUUUGCUCGUUAGGACAUUCUUUGGGGGAUUUCAGGAGGGGUUAACUAAGAUUAGUGUCUUUGUGCUUUUUCACGUGAAAGAGCCUUUAUAAGGCGUCGUUUUGCAGCAGACGGUGGUGCGUUACACGGGAAAAGGACCUGUUUUUUUAUGCAAAAGUUUGAUUUGUGUACUUCAAUAUGGCAUCGUAUUCAUUACCGGAGGGAUUCACGGAGUUUGAUAUGUUUACAUACGGCUCGGCGCUUCUUGUUGGGGGCCUGCUUGGAUUUCUCCUAAAUGCUAUCAGCAUCUUGGCUUUUGUCAGAGUGAAGGAGUUGCGAACUCCCAGCAACUUCUUUGUGUUCAACCUGGCUGUGGCUGACCUCUUAUUGAAUAUUAAUGGACUCACAGCUGCGUAUUCGAGCUACCUCAGAUAUUGGCCAUUUGGUCAAAAUGGAUGUGCCCUUCAUGGUUUUCAGGGCAUGAUAGCGGUCCUUGCCUCCAUCAGUUUCAUGGCUGCCCUCUCUUGGGACAGGUAUCACCAGUACUGCACCAAACAGAAGCUCUUCUGGAGCACCACGGUGACGAUGACCAUCAUCAUCUGGGUUCUGUCCAUCUUCUGGGCUGCUGUUCCUCUCAUGGGAUGGGCCGCCUAUGACUUUGAGCCUAUGAGGACCUGCUGCACACUGGACUACACCAGAGGGGACAGGGACUAUAUGACCUACAUGCUGACCCUGACGCUGCUCUACUUGAUGUUCCCCGCUUAUAUCAUGAUGUCAUGUUACGACGCCAUCAACAAGCACUUCAAAAAGAUCCAUCACCACAGGUUUAACACCAAGGUGCCGUUGAGGGUGAUGCUGAUGUGCUGGGGCCCCUACGUCGCCAUGUGUGUCUACGCCUGCUUCGAGGAUGUAACCGUCGUAUCUCCCAAGCUAAGAAUGGUGCUUCCAAUUAUUGCGAAGACAAACCCCUUCUUCAACGCUCUCCUCUACUCAUUUGGAAAUGAGUUCUACAGAGGCGGCGUGUGGCACUUCCUCACCGGAGUGAAGAUUGUUCAACCGGAUAUUAAGUCAAAGCCAAAAUAAAAGUCCUAAACAAACAUUUGUCUUGUUGUAAACAUAAUUAAGCUCUGAUGCCUGUACAGUUGUUAUAUUUUCAUGUGUGGACUGACAGCUGAAACUCAUGACAAUCUCUGCAUUUUUUACACCUGAGUAAGAUUUGUGUAAAUUAGCUAAAUGUGUUGCAUGUAAUGUAAUAACUUUCCAAUGACUGCAUUCUACAAUGUGUCUUUAAUCUGCUCCCCCGUACAUGUUAGACCACCUACAAUAAACACUUUGUAUUGCUGCUCUCAUAAUGUAUGCUCCAUCUACUUUAAAGCCACAUUGUUUUAAAGCUGAAUAGCUGAGCUGCUUUGAGUAGGAAGUCUAAUUUCUACAUGUAACCUGCCUCCAGACAUACCCUCACUGUGUAGGUGGUUCAUAGUGAUGUAACUUCUAUAUAUGGUAAGAAAAGCAGAGACUGUGUUAAGACUGUAUUAUGCAAUUAUACUACGUGUAAACAACUGGGGUAAAGUAAACUUAAACUAAUUUGAAAGAAUCCGACUAUUUAAAUCCAUAAACUGAUAAAUGAAGAGGUAGAUACUGUGUUAGAUCUCAUGUUGGAUUGCCUUGUAGCUUAACAAAAUAAA